AUGGGCGGUUAUUAUCCAGGGCUUGAUCCUUAUGGAUAUGGAUAUGGGUAUGGGUAUGGGUAUGGGUAUCCAGUGACAUCCCCACCGUCGCCCCCGAGCUCCAAGACAGACGGCAAGAAGAAUACAAAUUCUGGUAGCAAGAAAAGCUCUACUAGUACAACUCCCAAAGACCAUAAGAAAUCUAGUACAAAAACCUCUAGUGGGGGCGGAUCUGGACAUGGAUCCAGCAGCGGCCACAAAAGCCACGGAUCUAGCCACGGCCAUAAAAGCCAUGGGUCUAGCCAUGGACACAAAAGCCAUGGAUCUAGUCAUGGACAUAGUAGCCAUGGGUCUAGUCACGGGCAUAGUAGCCACGGAUCCAGUCAUGGCCAUAGCCAUAGCCACAGUCACGGCCAUAGCCAUGGACAUCACGGCCAUAGUUCGGGAUCAAGUUCCAGUUAUACACCAGCCAGAACUAGCGGUGGUGGCGGCUCCGGAAACCUAUGCGGCAAUCCCCAAUGCGGUGCUAGCUUUAUUUGCACGGCAGACUACAAUCGUCGAGUUCAACCAAUGGGCUAUCCAGGUGUAACUUCACAGCCUCCUCAGACUGGAGGAUGGGGUUACGGAUAUGGUGGUUGCUAA